AUGGCUGAUCACAGAGAACGAGACUCAUAUUAUUCGCAGACCGACCCGCGUUCAAAAAAUGAUGAUCCACCUAAUUCACGUUUGUUCGUUAUCUGCCACAAAAGUUUGGAGGAGGAAGAUCUCAGAAAAUCAUUUGACAAGUUCGGUAAAAUUGAGGAUAUUUGGGUUGUUAAAGACCGCAAUACGGGUGAAAAUAAAGGCGUGACUUAUAUUAAAUUUUCAAAAACAUCUGAAGCGGCGUUUGCUUUAGAAGAGAUGAAUGGAAAAAUGUUAGGAUCCAUUGGCCGUCCAAUUAAAGUUAUGAUUGCAUCUAACCGCGAUCAAGGAUCCGUACGAGAAACAAAUGAAGAAGAGAGAUGGGUGAGAUUAUUCUGCGUUCUACCAAAGUCAAUGACCGAUCACGAAUUACAGCAGGAGUUUUCUAAAUUUGGACCGAUUGAGUAUGCGACUGUUGUUAAGGAUAGAAAUACAAAUGAAUCCAAGGGAUUUGGUUAUGUCAAGUUUAAAAAAGUAUCAAGCGCGGCACGAGCAUUUGAAGAGUGCGAUCGUAAAUACAAAGCAGUAUUUGCCGAGCCAAAAAAACCUAAACCGGAUCACUCCGAUUCAAAGUACAACAACAAUGGAUUAUCGAUGCAGUACGACAAUAUGAGCAAUAACUUUGGGUCAUCUAGCUUUGGUAAAAGUAGUAUCGGUCUGGAAAUUGCUACCAAUUAUCCUAAUCAAGAGGGUUACACUCGGCUGCAGGUGAUCGCACACCCGGCGUUAAAUCAAGACCAGCUUUGGAAGCUAUUUGACAUAGUUCCUGGUUUAGAUUACUGUCAGCUCAAGACAGACAUGAGAUAUAGAGUACCACGCGGACAAGCGACCGUAGUUUACUCACAUCCAAGCGCUGCGGCUUAUGCUCGCGAAAAGUUUCACGGUUUUGAGUAUCCACCAGGUCACAGGAUGAUUGUUAAGCCGGACAUGACUGGCGCACCAUCACAGAAAAGUUUAAAACCUGGUGGAUCUAAUAUUAGUGGACUGGGUCCAGCUAGAACAGACCUUGCUCAUCUAGCGGAAACAAUUGCCCAAGCUACCUCGUUAAUUCAAGCAGCUGGACUAACGGCACCAAACGCAGAUGUUGAAAAAAGGUGUUUCAUUGUUUGUGGACCACCAGUGCCUCCAAUUUAUGCGAUGAAAGAUGCGUUUUGUAGAUUUGGCAAUCUUAUUGAUGUUUAUAUGCUGCCUGGUAAAAAUUGUGGCUAUGCAAAGUACGCAAGUGUUGAGAGUGCAAAUCGCGCUAUUGAGACAUUGCACGGACAAGAGAUAUGUGGUUCUCGUUUGAAGGUGUUAGAGGCUGAAGAACGCAACGUUGGUGAUGAUCGCCGAAAACGUUUGAAAAUGGAUGAGGAACAGAAUUAA